AUGGUUAUUGGGAACCACCAUCAAUCAAUACCAAUCCCAGAGACACUCCACUCGCUCCCCGGAGGGCAUGUUGCUGUCCUGGCGGGCGACGAGCUCCCACCUCCACGUGGUGCCCGCUGGGAACUCUCAGAGCAACAGUUUGGCUAUCUCCGAGUGCCAGGAGGAGCUCAACAACGCGAUCUUCCCCCUUUUCACGACGCGCUGACGCGCCGAAAGCCGAGUCUCCGAACCUCACGAAACACCAAUAUACAGAACCAGGACCUGAGAGGAAGUCGUGCCCCCUCACACGUCCGCCCCCACGAUGGAGAACGGAACUUGUCACCCCGUUCGUCCUGCCCGACAACGGUUUACGGCUUGGACAUUGACGACGACACGCUGGGCUCGGGGCAGAGCCGGUUAUAUGGUUCAUGGGCUCAACAUAUGGACGACGCAAUCACAACGAAGCCAACAACAUUAACACCCAAAAAACACUAUCAAAAACACCACCAACAGCUCAGAACGUCAAGCCGAUCCUUACAAUAUUUUGCAACUUCACAGUUGAUUUGCGUCCCAACAGAUGUUCAUGCCAAAAGACGCGUCCCAGACAUGUCCUUCUGUCACGAAACAUCUGCGUGA